AACCGAAUUAGCCGGGCGCCACACCCCCGUUUCCACCACCCAAGCUUCCCCUUCCACCGCUAUAUCUUCCGCCCGAUCCCUUCCCCUCUCACCCUUCUCUCCUCCACCUUUCCCCAACACGUACCACCAACUCACCGCGUACCAAGCCACCGGCUCAGCAGCAGCAGCUGCCAUUUCACAGAGGCAUUGGUUGCUGCUCUCUCUUCUUGGCGUUUGUUUCCUAUGGAGAGGUGGGCGGCGCCCAAGGUGACGGCUGGUUCGGCGAGGCGGUACGUCGCCGACCAGCCGUCUUUCUCAUCCACGCUGCUCGACGCGAUAUACAAGUCGAUGGACGAGCAGCCGGGUCACGGCGGCGGCGCCACCGGGGUGGAGGCGGUGGCUGCGGCGGCCAAGAAGCAGCACGAGGCGGCCCUGCACUAUGGGAACUACUACAAGCCGUCGCUCGCGGGGAGCUACCGGGCGCGCGCGCCGGGUCCGCACGCCACGACGUCGAGCUCGUCGGAGUGUUCUAGCUACGGCGGGUUCUCGUCGUCCGAGGCGGAGUCGUCGCACCACCGACGCCUCCGCCCCAUCCGCACGACUGUCCCCGGUGGUGCGCCGGGGCCCGCGCCGGAGAAGAAGGCCAAGAAGCCCGGGGCCUCCAUACGCGCCAAGCUCAGGGACCUCCGCAAGCCGGCUUCCCCCGGCGCGCGCCUCGCGGGCUUCCUCAACUCCAUCUUCGCCGGCAAGCGCGCGCCGGCCACGCCGCCCUCGGCGACGGCCGGGGCGGAGUCCGCGUGCUCGACGGCGUCGUCCUACUCCCGCUCCUGCCUGAGCAAGACGCCGUCGACGCGCGGGCAGGCGAAGCGGACCGUGCGGUUCUUGGACAGCGACACGGAGUCCCUGGCGUCGUCGACGGUGGUCGACCGCCGCAGGGUGCCCGUGGAGGCGGUGCAGCAGAUGCUGCUCCAGCGGAUGGAGAUGGAGAGCGACGAGGACGACGACGAGAGCAGCGACGCGAGCUCCGACCUGUUCGAGCUCGAGAACUUCGCCGCCAUUGCUCCCGCCGGGGCCGCGUACCGGGACGAGCUGCCGGUGUACGAGACGACCAGAGUGGCGCUGAACCGCGCCAUUGGCCAUGGGUAUGGCCAUGGACGGAGCGCCAGAGUUGUCUGAAUAUCUUAGUUGGAAUCAACCGGGCGAGAGGGGUAACUGUAAAAUGGCGGUGUAGUUACUGUAAAAUGCAAUUAGUUUGGGAUAAGUGUUCUUCCCUUUCUUUUUUGAUCUCUGGUGUUUUCUAAGGCUGCGUUCGAGCGCAGGAGAAAGAGAGAGAUAAUUUUGUUUUCCGUUCGCA